AUGGCGGCAACGAGUGACGAAGAAAUGAACUCUCUGCUCUCCAAUUUCGAUAACAUCUUCGAGGAUUUCAAGAGUGGCAUUGCAGAGAUCCAGUCGCUGAAAUCGAACUGUAACGCUGAGUUGAAGAGGCGAGAAGCCCUAGAAAUCACUUGUAACAGUCUCAAGCGAGAGAAUGAGCGGCUGACCAAAGUGUACACAGAAUCUCUAAAUAAUCUUGCUGAGCAGCUUGAACGCCGUAGCAGAUGCCAGAGCCUGAAAGAAGAACUUAAGAGAGUGAGUGAUGAACUUCUCCAUCAAGAAGAUGAACAUAGGAAGGCCAUAGAUUUGUUUAAGCAAGAUUAUGUGACAAAGGUUGGACAUUUAGAGUCACAAGUCAGGGGCCUAAUGCUUGAAAAAGCAACAAAUGAAGCAACCAUAAAUCUCCUCCGCCAAGAUUUAGUAGCGCAUAAAAGUCAUAUGCAGACUCUUGCAAAGAGGUUUGACCGUGUCCAUUUUGAUGUGGAGUCCAAAUAUAAUCUCGAGAUUCAGGAUCUGAAGGACUGUCUGCUGAUUGAGCAGGAAGAGAAAAAUGAGUUGAGUAAGAAACUCCAAGAACUGGAGAAGGAAUUGCUGAUUAGCAGAACAAAACAGGUUGAACAGCAAAGGGAUAUGGUUUCAAGUCGGUUUGUUGAAACACUGAAAAUGAAGAUCAUGAAACUAAGAAAGGAGAACGAGAUUCUUAAGAGGAAGCCCCCUUGCACAGAAGAUCAGGGCCAGAGAGAUGAUAUCUGAAGUUGUUUGGCACGAUUCAGAUUAGACCAGCCUGUGAAGAAGCUUAAUCAAGCAAGUAUAUAUGAAAUUUUACAAUCUAGCCUAGCUUUUCAAUCAGAUAAUGUAGAUCU